GUAAAUUUUUGUAUAAAUUUGAUUAAAAUUUUUAAGAAAUGAGAUUUACAUUCUUCUUGGGACAAAGGGAGCAGUAGCGUACAAUAAGAAAAACUAUGGAGUGCCUACUGAGUACUGCGAACACAUUCAAAAGAAAAAAAAUGAAGAAAAACUAAGGAGUGAGUACAGUUUUUAAGUUUCCCUUCCCCGGCCCGUGCCGCGGCACGCCUUGGCAGUUUGGGCUGUUUGGCAACAUGCAUGCACCACGCCACCGCCCUGCUUCCUUGGAAACGGUAGCGAGCGGUGAGCGCGCCUCCCGUCGGAGUCCAAAACCGGCGACGCGCUCCCUGUUUUCGCCUCCACCCACCUCCGUUUCUCCGCCGGAUUGCCGCCGGGCCGCGUAUAAAACGCCCUCCCUGCACGCCAACCCGCCUGUCACCCGCGGACAUCCCGGAGAGAUCAAGAACCAGCCGAGGUCUCAGUGCCCACUAGUAGUCCGUAGAGCGCGCGGCGGCAGAGAUGUCGGCGGCGGCGGCGGCGGCGGGCGGGAAGGCGCCGCCGCUGGUGGUGGCGGCGAGCAUGGGCGCGGUGGAGGCGCUCAAGGACCAGGCGGGCCUGUGCCGCUGGGACUACGCGCUGCGCUCGCUUUACCGCCGCGCAGCCGCGCCCCGGAUCCGCGCCCUGUCCGCCGCGCUCUCGGACCCCGCGGCGGCCGGGCUGCCCCGGCCGCCGCCGCCGCCGGCGGCGGACGCCAGGAUGCGCAAGGCCUACCACCUCGUGUGCUGGGGCCCCAACUGACCGGCGUCGACGCCGGCCGGCCGGCGCUUCUUGUUCCCCUGUAGCUUCUCCGGCUUAGCGGUCUCCUCGUCGCGUGUGUGCAUUGCUUCUACCCAUCAUCGAUCUAUCCAUCCGUGUGCGUUGGCAGAUGAGAUGUGAUCAAGUGAGUGCUCGUCGUCGUUUGGGUUCAGAAGAUGUAGCUCAUGUAGGAUUGCUUUAAAAAAGAAAAAAAACAUACCAGUGGGACUUGACUUGCAUCGUUCAUGCGAAUUCUGAACAGAACACAGCGCAAAUUCAGAAGGCAACAACAAACCAGAUCUUGCUAGUGCCAAAAAAAAAA